CUCCACCAGCAGAAAAAUGUUGCCCCCUUGUUAGGAAAAAAUAAAAAUAAUAUACAGUGCCCUUGUUUUCCUUUCCCUUCUUCUUCUCCUCUUCAGCUUCUGCUCCCUGUGAACUCUUUCACGUCAUUCUUCCGCGACAAUGGGUUCCAUCUCGACUGCCGGAGAGGCUGUCGCCCGUGUCGCAUACCUCGCCAGCGAUGUGGUUGUUUCGGUACAGCCCUCGCUCGCGUCCCAUUCAGAGUUCUCAGAGCAUCUCCACGCGCUGCACAGGAACAAAGCCCCCAGCAUAGUCGCAAAGGAGCUGCCAGAGGUUCUCGCAGUCCGCCAGAAUGCGGAUCCCCUCCUGUCCGUCUUUCAGCCUAUUCGCGCGGGGAAGCUCACCUCCGUCACCACCAAUUCCUCCAUUCUCGUCAAGUCGAUACCCCACCUCUACAAGCUCGCCCAAUACCCCGUCGUCAUCCAUGUCUCCGUACACCCCGAGGGAUUCCCGGAUUUCUCCGACAUCACCUCGGUUCGCCAGUCUGGUUUCACAUUUCUGCAGUCCGAGACUCUGCAGCAGGCCCAGGAUAUCGCCUUGACGGCGCAUGCGCUGGCAAUCAAGUCGGGCAAGGGCGUAAUUCACUUCUUCGAUGCUGGUGCGCUGGCUAGAAAUAAGGAGAUCCCGUAUGAGAGCCAGGAUUUGGUCAGGGAUGUCCUGGAUUUGGAUGCCGUUGCUGCUUUCCAGAAUUCCAAAUCAGGAGAGACCACUCUCUAUGCCGACGAUGGAAGGACUGCCACCUUGUCCGUUGCACGAAGCCAGGCUUCUGCUCCUCGGCACGCCCCAGCUGGCCAGCAGACGGUCACAUCAGAAGCCGGAAAGUCCGUGCCUGCGUCGGAGCGAACUAGCACCAGGGCAUCCUCAACUGGGUCCUCCCACCGCGAGUCCAGCACGGCAAGCGGCAUUUCCUCCUCCUCGGCCACCACCGUGGAGUCUCUAGCGUCCAAGGCUGUCUCCUCUGACGACAUCUACCGAUUUGCUGGCCAAAUCUGGGCUCAGAUCAAGGAGGCUACGGGCCGGUCAUACGAUGCUUUCGAGUACUCUGGACCUCAAGAUGCCGAAUCUGCCAUUUUUCUGUUCGGUGCUGACACUGCUCUGUUUGCCCUGGAGAUUGACAAUGCGGAUGAGUCCGAGGCCUAUGCUGAUGCGGGGAUCAUCACCGUCCGGUUGUACCGUCCGUGGUUGGGUGCUUCCCUUGCUCCCAAGCUUCCCCGUUCGAUCAAGAGGAUUGCUGUCCUGGAGCAGGUACGCCGGAAGACCACCCGGUGGGGUCCUCUUCUUCUCGAUGUCUUGAUGUCCCUGAAGUCGACCGGCAACGCACCCACGAUUGUCGGUUACCAACUGGGCUAUAUCACCGAGGAUACGGUACAGCAGGCGUUGCGCGGCGUCUUCCAGAACCUCAACAGCGAGUCUCCUGUGCAAAACUUGCAGAUUGGCAAGCUUGAGGGCCCGGAGAAGCAGGUCCCAAAGGUUGAGCAACCGGAGCUGGAAAAUGCUUACCUCAAAAUCCUGAAUCAGGUCUUCGGUGAAAAGUUGUUUAUUGCUAAUCGGCUGGGCGCAGAGAAUGCCGGUGUCUCGAAUGAGGUGUCCACGACCCCUGAAUUCGGCUUCGGAUCGCUUCUUGCGCGAAAGGAGCACCGACAGCGCCUCGUCGAUGAGGUCCGCGAGCUUUCCAAGAGCAAUCCCUUUAUCACCAAUGCUCCAUUGGACUGGUUGUCCAAGUGGGCUCUGGCUGCGGACGACAGUGAGAAGGCGAACGCCCUUGCGGCUGAGGUGAUCGCUCGUCUCAGCACUGACGGAUCUCCCGCAGCAAGCCAGCUUUUGGAGUCCAAGAAGCUCUUCUUCAGGGAAUCUCCUUGGUUGAUCGGGUCCGACGCUUGGGCAUAUGAUCUCGGAAACUCUGGUGUCCACCACGUCCUUGCUUCCGGGGAGAACGUCAAUAUGCUCAUCAUCGACUCUACGCCUUACUCUGAGCGCGCGGCAGCUGAUGCUGCCCGCCGGAAGAAAGACAUCGGUCUUUAUGCGAUGAACUUCGGUAAUGCCUAUGUCGCUUCCGUGGCAGUGUACAGCUCGUACACCCAGGUGCUUGAGGCCAUGAUUGAGGCAGACAAGUUUGACGGUCCCUCUGUUGUCCUCGCAUACCUGCCGUACGAGAAGGAGACGGAUUCUCCCUUGACGGUUCUGCAGGAGACGAAGAAGGCCGUCGAUGUGGGCUACUGGCCGCUUUACCGGUGGAACCCUCACGGAGAUGAGAAGGGCGAGCCGAACUUCCAGCUCGACUCUCAGAGGAUCAAGAAGGAGCUUGAGGAAUUUCUCAGCAGGGAGAACUACAUGUCUCAGCUCAUGAGGAGACAUCCCGAGUUUUCUUCCAACCUCUCCGGCUCCUACGGAACCGAGGUCAGGCAGCUCCAGAAGAGGAAGGCCAAGGACGCCUACAGCCAGCUUCUGGAAGGUCUUGCAGGGGAGCCUCUGACUGUGCUUUUCGCAUCCGAUAACGGCAACGCGGAGAACCUAGCGAAGAGGCUUGCCAACCGCGGCAAGGCAAGAGGCUUGAAGACAAUGGUCAUGGCUAUGGAUGAUUAUCCGAUUGAAGAUCUGCCUAACGAGCAGAACAUUGUCUUCGUUACCAGCACGGCCGGUCAGGGAGAGUUCCCUCAAAAUGGUAGAACAUUCUGGGAUACCGUUCGUGAUUCCACCGACCUGGAUCUAGCCACCGUGAACUUCUCUACCUUUUCCCUCGGAGACAGCCACUACUGGCCGCGCAAGGAGGACAAGAUCUACUACAACAAACCAGGAAAGGACCUCCACGCUCGCAUCCUUGCCCUUGGCGGCAAGCCUCUGGUGGAGUGCGGUCUUGGCGACGACCAAGAUCCUGAUGGAUAUCAAACCGGCUAUGCCGAGUGGGAGCCCAAGCUGUGGCAGGCACUCGGUGUGGACAAGAUUGAGGGUCUUCCUGAGGAGCCCCCGCCACUGACCAACGAGGACAUUAAGCUCGCCUCGAAUUUCCUCCGCGGUACUAUUGAGGAAGGUCUUGCAGAUACCUCCACCGGCGCCAUCUCAGCAAGCGACCAGCAGUUGACUAAGUUCCACGGUACUUACAUGCAGGAUGACCGUGACAUCCGUGACGAGCGCAAGGCCCAGGGCUUGGAACCCGCCUACUCGUUCAUGAUCCGGUGCCGUCUUCCCGGCGGUGUUGCCACUCCCAAGCAGUGGAUUCAGAUGGACGAGAUUAGCACAAAGCUGGGUAACGAGACAAUGAAGCUCACGACCAGACAGACCUUCCAGUUCCACGGCGUUGUCAAGGGCAAGCUCAAGCCGGCCAUGCAAGCCAUCAACAGGGCUCUCAUGACCACCAUCGCCGCUUGCGGUGACGUGAACCGUAACGUCAUGUGCAGCUCCCUCCCCACGCAGUCCAAGUACCAUUCCGAGGUCCAUGCCAUCUCCAAGAAGAUCAGCGACCACCUCCUGCCUUCCACAACUGCCUACCACGAAAUCUGGCUCGAGGACGACGAGACCAAGCAGAAGAGGAAGAUUGCCGGCGACGCCAUUGUCGAUCAUGAGCCUCUCUACGGCCCUACCUACCUCCCCCGUAAAUUCAAGAUAACCAUCGCCAUCCCCCCGCACAACGACACCGACGUUUACGCUCACGACAUUGGCUUGAUCGCCAUCAAGGGCGCCGAUGGCCACCUCGCAGGCUUCAACGUGCUCGCCGGAGGCGGCAUGGGCGUCACCCACAACAACAAGAAAACCUACCCUCGUACUGGAUCCAUGCUCGGCUACGUGCCGGCUGAUGCCACCCACAUUGUGUGCGAGAAAAUCAUGCUCGUGCAGCGCGACCACGGCGACCGCAAGAACCGCAAGCACGCGCGCUUAAAGUACACCAUCGACGACAUGGGCGUCGACGUCUUCCGCGGCAAGGUCGAGGAGCUGUGGGGCGAGAAGUUUGCGGAUCCCAAGCCGUUCAAAUUCGAUAGCAACAUCGACACGUUCGGCUGGCAGAAGGAUGAGAAUGGGCUGAACCAUUUCACCUUCUUCAUUGAGAACGGCCGCAUCGAGGAUACUGCAGACUUCCCCAUGAAGACGGGUCUCGUCGAAGUUGCCAAAGUGCAUAAAGGCGAGUUCCGCCUCACGGGCAAUCAGCACUUGAUCCUUUCGGGGGUCUCGGAUGAGGAUCUACCCGCAAUGAAGGAACUGCUGAAGAAGUACAAGCUCGACAACACCAACUUCUCCGGCCUGCGCCUCAGCUCCUCCGCCUGCGUCGCCUUCCCCACUUGCGGCCUUGCCAUGGCGGAAUCGGAACGCUACCUCCCCGUCCUCAUCUCCAAGAUCGAGUCCACCAUUGAGGAAGCCGGACUAAGGCAAGACAGCAUCGUCAUGCGCAUGACUGGUUGCCCCAAUGGGUGCGCUCGUCCGUGGUUGGCGGAGAUUGCGUUCGUGGGUAAGGCGUACGGCGCUUACAACAUGUACUUGGGUGGCGGGUAUCAUGGGCAGAGGUUGAACAAGCUGUACAGGAGUAGUAUCAAGGAGGACGAGAUUCUGGAGAUUUUGAGACCGAUGAUGCGGAGGUAUGCGAAGGAAAGGGAGGAGGGGGAAAGGUUUGGUGAUUGGGUGAUUAGGGCGGGAUAUAUCAAGGAGACGACGCAUGGCACGAAUUUCCAUGAGAAUACGGCCGAGGUGGAGUCGGAUGAGGAGUAGAAAUUCGCUUGAAAGCAGAGGAUGCAAUUAGAGGUAGCGUUGGUGUGCUGAUCAAAGAGUGCCCGGCAGCAUCGGCCGAGUUUGGAAUUCACUUUGGAUAUCCCCUUGUAUAUACGGAAUACGGAAAACAUUUCCAUUAGUUGAAACAUGAUAAUACGGUGC